AUGAUUGAUGUUGAUUUACAAUCAUUAUCAUCAUCAGACAGAAUCGAAUAUAUUAGCACAUUAAUUGCAGACAGUUAUAAUAUUGCCAUCGCAAAAAAACUCGAAGAAUUUUUAGAUAUUCAAAUUAAUGAAGAUGUAUAUUUAUUCCAAGCAAACAGCACCCUCCUUAAAUUAUAUCAAUUUAACCCAACUCAUUUAAAUAAAGACGCAAUUGCUAAGAUGUUAGCCAAGGCCCUUAUGAAUUUCCCAUGCAAUGACUUUUUAUUCCUCUCUUAUAUGAUUCCAUCAACCAUUCAAAAGGAAGAACCAUUAUUAAAACUUUUCGUUUUAAAUAACUAUUUAGAAACAUGCAGAUUCAAAGAAGCUUGGACCCACAUCAACGCCCACUCCUUCUUCUCUGAAAUCCCAGCAUUCACAAAUAAUAUUAGAAACUUUAUUUCUGGUGUCUUAUCAAUCACUUAUCAAAAUAUCUCAUUAAGCAUGUUGGGUGAACUUUUAAAUUUACCAUCACAAGAACAAUUAGUCGAAUAUAUUAAAACAAAACAAACAACCUGGAAAAUAAACGAUUCAACUGUAUCAUUACAAUCUGAUACUUCUAAACAGAAAAAAGCUGACACUUUUACUUUUGAUCGUAAGUAA